CUUCGGAUUUCAAUCACUGACGACUUCAACUGUACAAUCAGCAACACCACCGCUUUUCGAGACAAACAUCGGAAAGCGAUCACGCAGUCCAUCCGCAAUCAUGGCUGAUACCGAAUACAACGCCGAAGAGGCCGCUGAGCUCAAGAAGAGAAGAGCGUUCAGAAAGUUUUCUUACCGAGGAAUUGAUCUCGACCAGCUCCUCGACAUCCCUUCGAGCGAACUCGUCAACAUCCUCCAUGCCCGUGCCCGCCGUCGGUUCAACCGUGGCCUCAAGCGCCGCCCCAUGGGCCUGAUCAAGAAACUGCGAAAGGCCAAGCAGAACGCAAAGCCUAACGAGAAGCCCGACCUGGUCAAGACACAUCUCCGAGACAUGAUUGUGGUUCCCGAAAUGAUUGGUAGCGUCAUUGGUGUCUACAGCGGAAAGGAAUUCAACCAAGUCGAAAUCAAGCCUGAGAUGGUCGGAUUCUACCUCGGCGAAUUCUCCAUCUCAUACAAGCCUGUCAAGCACGGUCGUCCUGGUAUUGGUGCCACCCACUCUUCGCGAUUUAUUCCCUUGAAGUAAGCGGUUAUGAGGGGUUGGAGAGACGCAUGUCGAUCGUGUUUUCUGUCUUUCAGAGGGCUGGACGAGCGCUUCCUGGUCUUUACCAUGGUGAUGGACGGGCCAAUUGCUUAGAAAGAAUCUGAUCGCAGGUGGGAUGAGUAACUAGCCGUGGGCGAUAUACGUCGCGGCUGAAAAUGAAACAACAGCAUUCCAAAACCA